AUGUGUAGGAACCCUCCCAAUUACCAGGGUUAGCAUGAUGACACAGAAACUUCUCCUCUCUCCAUGCCUAGGCCGGCUGACAUGCCAGUGCCCGUACUCAUUCUCCGAUUCCUGCGGUAGGUCCUGUAGGACUCCCAGUGUGGCAGAACCACAGUGUCUCUCAGUGCCUAAAAGAGAAACAGGGUGUUGGGGUGCUGCUGGAAGCCUCCACAGCUAUGGCUGAGGUGUGUGUUCCGCUGCUUGUGGGACUCGAUCCCAUUCCAAAAGGCCACACAAGGAUUCAAAGGCAGCAAGGAACUUGGAUUCCCAGUGGGGCAGAUGUUCAGUUGGAGUGGUGGCCAUCUUUGAAAUGCCACACGGAUUUUGAGAGCAAUGUGAGUGAAAGUCGUUUGCCUAUAAAGAGUUGUAGCGUUUCCUGGUGGGGACUGGGAUAUUCCCAAUCAGUCCAGAGCGCGAACGUAGCUGGAGAGAGACUUCAAAGAUUAACACUACACAACGUGGAGGAUCAACCGCCUCCACCAGUCGCCAGGCUCACUAGGCCGCUGGAUUUAAUCUAG